CUUACGGAGGAGGUAACCUCGCGCGCAACCAGUAGUAUGACGAUAAACCGCGGCGUGUAUUUGAAUACGGAUUGGUGUGGGUAACCGUCGCGCAGUUGUGUACCGCGGUAGUGCGCGAUAUACCGUCGAAGUCCAGUUAGGCACGUACCGUCCGGCCGUACACUGUAUAUUAUAAUAUAUACCGACCGACACGCAGCUGUUAAUUGUUGUUGCACCGCUUUUGUGCUAAAUUACCGUCGUCGCGAUCACGCGUUCCGUCCGUUAAGUUUUCGGGCGCCGAGUGCCGUGAGUUUCGAGUUUAUAUAUUUUUGUACUUUUUGCCUAUACCAGUUUCGCGCGUGCGGCAGCUACAGUGGUAUGCGCCGACCCUGUCGCCACUGCAGGACGAAGUGAUGUUAUCGAUGAACAGACCUAUUAUCUAUCAGACGACAAACAUGGGAAUGCACAACAACACGUGCGGCGGCGGCGCUGUCAGCGGCGGCGUCGGUGUUAGCGGCAGUGGCGACAUGAUGUCGUACGCUACGCACACGCCGGCAACAGCCGACGAUUAUUACGGCGGUGCCAGCGGUCUGGUGGCCGACUACGACCUGCCGCAAUGUCUGGGCGGCCGGCCGUCGCUGGAACCGGCGUACGCGGCCGAGUGUGGCGUUUACUACGAGAAGAACGCGUCGGCAGCAGAUUACCGGUCGUAUUACGGGGGUGGCGGCGGCGACGGUGCUUACGAUCAGCUGGCGGUCGACGUAGGCGGUGGUAGUUACCAUGCCCAACACCAACACCACCACCAUCACCACCAGCACCACCACCAACACGGCCAUCACAAUCACCAACACCCGUUGCAGUCAGCCGAAGCGGCCGUCAUCAUUACGUCGUCGGACGGUCUGAGCUACACAAACUUGGACUGUAAUGGCAUCGCGGCCGCCGUGCAUGGUCAAGACUACGGCGCGUAUUCGGACGACGGCGGGGGUGGCGGUGGCGGUUACAACGGUUACGGUGGUCAUCAUCGGGACGACAACGCUGUCCGCAACGAGUCGUAUUGUGGUGGCGUCGGUGCGUCCGUGGACAAUGCGUUCUUCAACAUGCACCUGAACCACAACAACGAACACUCGGCCACCGGACGACAGGCAGUGCAGCAGCCGCGGCCACCAUCCGCGCAACCUCCACCACCGCCAGUUCAGUCGUCCGCUCAGACCACAGCCACCGUGGCUACGGCCCCGCUACAGCUGCAGCCCGCCCCGACACCAGGCGACGACCGUUGUCCACGCGUUAUCAAGCAGGAGGCGUCCUCUGGUGGCCAGUGUUAUGGUGGCCGAGACGGCACAUCACCGUACAGUGACGACGCGUCCACAUACCGCACCUCGUUAAUAGUUGGUCAACCGCAGCAACACGUCCAACAGCAACAGCAACAUCACCACCACCUCCACCACCAACAGCAGCAGCAGCAGCAGCAGCAUCACCACCACCACCACCACCAAACACAACAGCAGCAGCAGCAGCAGCAACAACAUUGUGGCCGGCAAAACAUUAGUGCUCAGCAAAAGCACGGAGCCGCCGCCGUCGCAGCCUCACCUGCCGUUCAGACGGCGGUGCCCACUUAUAAGUGGAUGCAAGUCAAACGAAAUGUUCCUAAACCAGCUGUGAUGAAAACCGAAUACCAUCAUCAUCACCACCAACACCAAAUGCAAUCCAAUCCGGCGUCGGUGGCGUUCGGCGGCACACCGUCAAUGAUGUCGGCGGCCGGCCACCACCAGGGCCUGCAGCAAAUGUCGGCGGCGGAUGCGGCUCGUGGCGGUGGUAGUGGCCAGCAACAGCAGCAACAACUGCAGAACAUGUUGAACCAGUCGUCGGUUUCCGUGACCCGUUCGCAGGCGAUCGGCGGCGGCGGCGGCUGCGGUGGCAACAGCGCGGCGAUGAUGCUGAUGAACAACACUGGCCGCACCAACUUCACCAACAAACAACUAACCGAGCUGGAGAAGGAGUUCCACUUCAACCGAUACCUCACCAGGGCCCGGCGGAUCGAGAUCGCGUCUGCGCUGCAGCUCAACGAGACCCAGGUGAAGAUAUGGUUCCAGAACCGGCGGAUGAAACAGAAGAAACGACAGCGGGAGGGCCUGCUUCCGGUGGCCCAGCAACAGCACCACCUACAACAACAGGAAACCAUGCACCUGAGCGGUGCGAGUAGCACCAGCAACUCACCGACCGCGUCCUCGAACGUGUAAUGACCGGACGCAGAGGCCGUGAAUUAUGACGUGUGGCCUCGCGACUCUUAUUAUACAUUGUCCCUUUGACGAACGACGACAAGGGUUUUUAAAGGUUAUAUGUUGCUGUACAUCCGAGUGUAUUCUUGUGAUUUGUUUCUCAAAGGGUUAUACACGAUAGAUGAAAUUGCGCACGAGUGUACUGUUGUGAUCCGAUUGUGAAACGUUUAUAGACCUGAGUAGACAUCCAACGGGCCAAGCCACGUAACUCGACGUCGUAGAUUCUGGGACACUGAACAACUGUAGUCUGUAAUAAUGAUUAUCCAUUGAUACUGCUGUAACAAAUCUACGAGUUUUUUUUUUUAAAUACCUAUCCGAUUUUCUAAUUAAUUUUUUUUUCCAGAAUUGAUUUUAAUCGAAUAUAAUAUUAAUUGUUAUAAGAUAAUCAGGGAUGGGAUCUGAUCUCGGUUUAAAGUUAAUGAUAUUAUGUUCUUUGAAAUCCGGGAAAUUCUUUGAAACUUAAAUAAAAUUAGAGUAUAUAUAUCAUUAAACUUGCGUAAUUAACAUAAAAUAUAUUUAUUUCGACUCGUGCCUAUCGAAGACAAACUAAACAAUUUAUGUGGGAGACUGAAAAUUCGACAUGGUAUACUAUAUUAUUAAACAUAUGACUACCUACAUUAAGUUAGGUGAGUAAAAUAGCUGAUUAAAUUAAAUUUUUUUUUAAAAAACUGAUCAAAAGUCAUUUUUUAAAAUUCCAACCACAAUAAAUCGGAGAAUAUUACUAAAAUAUUAAAAACUAACAUUUUAAAUUUAGUUUUCGUAUUGCAUUAUAAUAGAUACAUAAUAAGUUUGGCUAUGCUAACUGUACAACUCAUGGAAUUUUAUGAACAUAUUAUAUGAAAGUUCUAGUAAAUUCGUUCACCAUUUAAUAUAAAUAUAUUAUAUCGAAUCGAUUGCGUUUAUACACAUAGUUAUGUGGCAUUAGUUAAACUAUUUAUAAGUAAAUAAAAUAAGGGAAUUUUCUACUCAUAGUAAAUGAUAAAAACAUCGUUUUCAACGCAAUAAAGGUAAAACUUGAACAAAAUCAUAGACAUAUAAUUUUAAUAAUAACUUUUGUUGUUUAAUAUUACCGUAAAAGUAACACAUCGUGUACAAAUAAUAUAUUGCCAUUUUCACAAUCGGCGAUCAAGACGCGCUUUUUAACAAUUAAUCUGUUAUUAUAUGACGGCAGUCGUGUUUUCGUUUAGUUCCUAUAUAAUAUUUGUAUUAUUAUUAUUAUUAUUAUUAUUACUAUAUAUAUAUAUUUCAUAAUUAUAAUAUGACUAAUUACGUGUUUAAUUAUGUAUACAUACAUAUGUAAAGACUGUACAGUACAAUAUAAAAUUACUUAAUUACGAAUAUUUCUCUACAUAUUGACAUUGCACGUAGGUAUCUAUACCUAUUUAAACAAAUUUUAAUUUUAAUCCUGUAUGCAAUAUCCUCCAGUACAGUAUUUAAUUGAUAUGAUAUAUUAAUAAAAUAUCACAGUGUAAUAACCGUUAAAAUAUGUCUAACCUAUUCGUAUACGGGGAAGGCCUAUACCUAAGUAAAAAUGAGUUUAUUAUAUUAUUUGUAUUGCUGUACCGCACGAGUUCGACAACCGUUCUUAUUCCUCUGGUUGCGAUUUACUGAGGUU